UCUCUCCCUCCUCCACUGACCUGCUGUGUGGCGGCUUCACAUAUUUUUGUGCAAAACUAAAACAGCUGGAUAAAAGUUAUUUUCAUGGAAAGAACGGCUCCAGGUUCAGGACGAUGGGGUAUGGGCAAAUCCUCCACCGGCGUGGAAACGAGGAGGACCAGGUCCACCUCAACGUGGGAGGAGUACGACAUGAAGUGGAUCCCAGCAUGCUGCUACGCUUCCCUCACACACGCCUAGCGCGUCUCCUCUGCUGUCAGAACGAGGCGGCAAUCCUGGAGUUGUGCGACGACUACAUCCCAGCCGAGAAGGAGUACUACUUCGACAGGAAUCCCCGGGUCUUUCUCUGUGUGCUCAACUUCUACCAAACGGGACGUAUACACAUGAUGGAAGAGGUGUGCGUUUUCUCCUUCAGCCAGGAGAUCGAGUACUGGGGCAUCCAGGAGCUCUACCUGAGCCCCUGCUGUAACAACUGGUACCACGAGAGGAAAGACUACAUCGAAGACAGGGACUGGGACAUCAGGAGUGACGACAUGCAGCAGCCAAGCUGCCACUCGUCCUUCGAGGAACUCUCUGCUCUCGAUAAAGACCUGGAGAAGUUCAAAGGUGCCUGGUGUGCAGAACUGAGGAGCUACAUUUGGCUCAGGCUGGAGGAUCCCGGUCAUUCCAGAGCCUCUAAAAUCAUUGCCGUGGCCUCCCUUAGCGUGGUCUUGACCUCUAUUGUUGCCAUGUGUGUCCACAGCAUGCCUGAGUUCCAGCGUGUGGACGACAACGAUAAGCCCAUCGAGGAUCCUGUCCUCUCCAUCCUGGAGGUUAUCUGCAUUGUCUGCUUUUCCACAGAGUUCAUCAUCAGGCUGAUUGUUGCACCCUCUUGCAGGAAGUUCCUCGGAAACCCCUUAAACAUCAUAGACGUCGCUUCCAUUUUGCCAUUUUAUGCCACUUUAGCCCUGGAGACAGCGGAUGAGGAGGCCGCGGAGGAGAAUGAGGACUUAGAGAAUGUUGGGAAAGUGGUGCAGGUUCUGCGUCUCAUGAGGAUUCUCCGAAUCCUCAAACUGGCUCGUCACUCCAUUGGGUUGCGAGCUUUGGGUGCCACAGUCCGACACAGCUACAACGAGGUGGGUCUUCUUCUUCUCUUCCUCUCCGUGGGCAUCUCCAUAUUCUCUGCCCUGAUCUACUUUGCGGAGAAGGAAGAGGAGUCUACAGAUUUGGGGACCAUCCCCUCAGGCUGGUGGUGGGCGACGAUCACCAUGACCACAGUUGGUUAUGGUGACACCUGCCCAGUGACGUUUCCAGGGAAGAUAGUGGCGACCUUGUGUAUCAUCUGUGGCUUGUUGGUGGUGGCUCUGCCCAUCACUAUCAUCUUCAAUAAGUUUUCAAAGUACUAUCAAAGAAAUAAAGCCAUGGAGGGACAAGGUAUCACUAAGCCUGAAAGACAAGACCCAGAACUCCCUAAUUAUAACAUCAGAGACCUGUUCACAGGCAGCGUGUAUCCCUUCAUUGGAGGUAUCACCUUUAGGAACAGUGUGAGCAGCACAGGGGAUGACACAGAUGCCUCCAGUCUCCAGGACAUCGAGGUGUAUGAUAAUGACACUUGUGAAAAUGAGGCAAUAAAAUGAGAUCCCUGCUAUUUUAGUGAGUGUCGCUCCCUUUAUGACUUCUAGUCACUCCGUGCCUCUCAGGGCAGAGCCCUCCAUCACUGACCCUGUCUUCCUACAUUGUCUUCCUCCUGUAAUUUGACAGAGAUUUGUCACGGCCAUGAUUUUGCUUUUCCUUUUUUUUGAACCAGGUGAUAGCUCAUGAAAUAUACAGCCUUGCUAAAACUGGGAAAUCUAAGGGGAUUUAUCUGAAUCUUGCUCUGAGGUUUGGAAUCCCAUUUUCUGCUUGAGAAAACAGCAAUGAUGCAUGUAGAAGGCCAUAAUGUUAAUGUUUUUCAAAGUAAUGUCCUGUAUCGAUCUGUCUGCUCGCUGAAAGUUCAGAGCAAAUAUAAAACUCUAGGAUCACAACAACAGUUUGAUGUUUAAAAAUGGUGUUAGAGAUCUCUGAGUUGGCCGAUGAUAUUCAGCCUGCAUGAACUGAAGUAAAUGCGUUUUUUUUAAUCAGAGAGUAAUGUAAAUAGUUUUGUAGAGUUAUGCAACAUCAUUGAUGCUAGUGAAGAGAGGCCAGGUCAGUGGAAUAUGAUUUGAAA